ACCCUUUGAAGUCCCGCCUGGUGGAUCAGUGAGCUGCGGAGGUCCGGACCGAGAACACGCAGUGGGACGUUUCCUCUCACACUCCUGGAAUAUUUAAAGUAAACUCUGGUGUUUUUCCUCACAAAGGGACACUGUGUACAUUUUGCGCACUGCAACUCACACAGUGGACUUGUUUUUUGUUGUUAUUGUUGUUGUUGUUGUUUUUUUUAAAUUGGAAUAAAGGAGAAAGGAGAAGAUGCUUCAAACGAGCUGAGUGGCUUCUCCGUCCUUCGGGACAUUUAAGGACGUCCAGCUUCUUUUUCUUUUUUCUUCUGGGACGUGACUGCAUGGAUUACAUUUAUCAUCUCAUUUUUACUGUUUCGGACCAAAAAGUAACGUCCACCCGAAGCGCAGCGCCGUAUCUCCAAUGAAAUAUCUCCCUCCAGGAUCACUAAGUAAGCGGAUCGAGCUCAGUGAGACCAGCGACAGUCCAAAGCCUCGUCCCGGUGCUGUGGUCUCCCUGUUGACCCCUCUGGACCCUCUUCGGCAGGCAAAGCGGCUUCCCAUCCGAGUGAUCAAGAUGUUGACGGCGCACAGCGGACACCUCCUGCACCCGGAAUAUCUACAGCCUCUGACGCCCGCUCCAGUCAGCAUUGAGCUGGAUGCCAAGAAGAGUCCACUGGCCCUGCUGGCACAGACCUGCUCUCAGAUCGGCAAACCGGACCCUCCGUCCUCCUCCAAGCUGGGCUCCUCCUGCAGCCCGGGGGACAAGGAGUCCAGCAGUCGGUCGUCCGGCUCCAGCCUGAAGCUGGGGGAGCACCGCCCCUCGCUGGAGGACAAGUGUAGCUUCAAACCCUACAACAAAGGAGAGUGUCGCAGAGACGGAGUCACCAGCAGCAGCUCUACCAGCAGCAGCAGCGAUAAAGUCGGGUUCAGGGUCCCCAGCAGUAACGCCAUCACUAAUGGAAGUUCUACCAGUGGCCAGCAGUCCUACCCGCCCCACGCUGCCUCACCCAGCUCCAGAACCAGCAGCAGCCCACCAGGACUCACUCAGCAGCAGCAGCAGCCUCACAAGCUGAGCCAGUCUCCUGCUGGACACUCCCAGACUCCUAGUGGAGACACUGCUCAUGAGCAGGGCAGCCCCACCAGCACCAGCAGCAAUAAUCACAAAAAGGACGCUGAUGUCAGCAAGAACAACUCGGACUGUCCACACGAUGCAAACUCCAGCCACGUCCGAGCCAACACGAACUGCAGUAACGGCAGCUCUGACGGUGGCUCCAACCACGAAGGAGGUAAAGGAGAGUCCGCCCAGCCGAACCUCGGCCCUGGACGCAUUACGCCCAUUUCUCCUUAUAAGACAAGCCAACCCCUGUUCCCCCUGCCGUCCUCUAACCUGGGCUACCACGGAUCUGUGGUGGGGGCUUACGCCGGCUACCCGUCUCAGUUUGUACCCGGGCUGGAUCCGAAGUCGAGCCUUGGUCUGGGAAGCAUGGGAGUUCCAGGAAAGCACCCGAGCUCCAGCCCUCUCACGGGGGCCUCCCCUCCCUCCUUUAUGCAGAACUUAUGCAGGGACCCCUACUGUCUCAGCUAUCCGAGUGUGUCCCACCUCGGCGGGAGCAACUGCAACUCCUGCAUCCACGACCCGUCCUCCAGCCUCAAAUCAAACUUCCCGUUGGUGUACCCCUCCCACCCUCUGCACUCCCUCCACCAGAGCUCCAUGUCGUCCAGCGUGUCCUCCUCCCUGUCGCAUCCCCUCUACACGUACGGCUUCAUGCUGCCCAACGACCCGCUGCCUCACGCCUGUAACUGGGUCUCCGCCGGCGGGCCGUGCGACAAACGCUUCGCCACGUCCGACGAGCUGCUGGCUCACCUGCGCACACACACCGCCCUGCCUGUUGGGAUGGACAGUAAGCUGCUCUCUGUUUCCUCCUCUGGACCUGCCUCCUGCCACCUGCACCUCCCCCACCAGAGCAGCCCAGGCUCCAUGCCCAGCUCCCUCCCUCUCAGGGCGCCGCACAGCCUGGGGUUAGCUCGCUACCACCCUUACAGCAAGGUCCACCUGCCCCCCGGACCCUCCUCCAUCUCCCUGCACUCUCUGCCCGCCACAGGCCCGUACUACCCUCAUUACGCUCUCUACAGUCAAAGACUCGGAUCUGCUUCUGCUCUGGGCUACCCGUGAUACACUCUACUUACAUGUUUAAAGGAGUAGUUUGGCAUUUUGGGAAAUAAGCUCAAGCCCCAUAUCCACUGAAUGGCUCAGUUCAACUCGACUCAACUGUUCUUUCCUCUUUCUGUUUUUUCCAUGUGGAAAGUAUCCUGUCAGUGUAGGGGAGAGUCUCCAACUAUCCAUGACAUAAUCUCUAACGCGUGUGUAUGUAGUUUUGCAAGGUGCCAUUUUUUAAAUCUGGAGGGAAAAUAAAAAAAUGAUGGUAUCUAUUGAUGGUAACUUGGCCAUUUAGAAUAGUCCAGUUUGUGCAGGAAGUUCCGUGUUGCACUAGUGAUGUUUCUCUCUCUCAACUUCUAGUUUCCGUUCAGGUCACUUGGAACCAAAGUGGUACCAAUAAAACUCCCAGAUACCAGGUACUAUCCCAACUCUUACUGAUAAAAUCAAAUAAGAGCGAGUCGAGAUCAGUAGAAGUGUGCCGUUUCAUGCAGUGGAAAUGCGGCAUUAUUCGGUUUCUGGAGGAGAGGCAAAUGAGAAGAUUGAUACUCAUUUCUUUCUCUGGUUAGCUUAGCUUAGCACAAAACACUGGAAACAGGGAAACAGCUAGCCUGGCUCUGUAAGAAUGUAACAAAAAUCUAUCUACCUGCAGCUCUAAAGCUCACUAUUAAAGACUUAUAUUGUGUUUAUCAGUAUAAGUAUAAAGACUUCAAUUCACCAUUUAAUGGGGGACCAGUUUCCAUUAUCAAAAUAAGACUCCAGCCAAGAAAUAGUAACCCCUAUGUACAACUGUAAAUUUACAUUUGUACUCUGCAGUAUUUGUAAGUGCAAGGCUAGCUGUUUUCCUCUGUUUCAAGUCUAAGUCUAAGCUAACCGGAUGCUGUCUGUAGCAUCGUAUUUAACAGACAGAUUCAAGUGUGCUGUUAUGCAGUUUGUGCAGCCAGAAAGCCAAGAAGCACAUUUUCCAAAAUGCCUAACUAUUAAUUUAAGCUUUUUACAUUACUGCAGCAAGUUGCUGCUUCCUCUGACUUCAGACUGGAUUCAAGCCGAACUAUAGUGCAAGUGCUGGAUUUUGACUUGAGUGCAUCUUCACACUUUCUUUACACAUUUUAAAUGAGAUUUCCACUCCUGAAGAUCAGAAGAGGACACAUGUGGCUCUUGCAUGUCUGCACAUUGCUCGGAUACUUCUGCAAACAGAAACGACUGGCCUCGGGUGACUUCUGCCGCCCGGUGGGCUCUGCAAAUUGAUGGUUGGACGCUGUGUAAUAGCUCUUGGAUGUUCAGGGUUCCUCGCUGCAAAUGAUGAUGAUUUAGUGCGGAAAAAUGCAGUGUGGCAGGGACGGCAAUAAGCUGCAGCCGCGGGCUGAUGCAAGUCUGGCCGCAGUCGCUUCCCCUGCAAGAGAUGCAUGUAAGCUUGACACAGCAUACACACUAAACUGUUUAUUCAGCCCCAUGCUUUGUGAUGAUUUGUUUUGGUUCCUUAUGUUCUGUUUAUUCCUACUGAGAAGUUGUAUUUAUUUUUACCGGGAAUCUGGCUUUUCAUGUUUACCAUAUAAAUCUAUUCUCAUUUUCCAAUCUCCUGAGCAGACAUGUUGGAAGCCCAGAUGACAGAUGUCGAAUAUGUCUUAACACUUCUUUCGAGAAUGAAUGUUGAAAUCACAUCUCUCUCUCUCUCUCUCUGAAGUCCUCAGCUUUUUGAUUUUUUUUUUUAUUUCCACAGCAAAUCAAUAAAAAUGAGAUGUGAUAUUUUUUAUGUAAUAAUUGGAACACCCUGUGGUGGUUUCCAGUUUAAUGGGAGGUCAUAUUUUGUUAAAUAAAUCACACUGAAGAUGUUUA